UCAAUUUUGAAAUUUUCAAAAGUAUUAGAACCAUUGUUUAAUGGAGAUUUUUGAUGAUUCGAAUCAGACUUCACAUUCUUCAAACUUAGAAAGUGAAGAUAUGGAACUAAAUCAAACACAAAACAACUCAUUAUCAGAGGAUAAUGGAAUUCCAAGGGCAAUUAUUCCCAUUGGACCUCGUUUUCAAGCUGAAGUUCCUAAGUGGGAAGACUCAACAAAUGAAAAAUGUCAUAAUAAUGAUGAUGAUUUAAAGUGGCUAGGUAUUCAAGUUUGGCCAGUGUCUAAUAUUAGUGAAAAUAGUACAAAAGGUAUUGGAGAAGGUAGGCCUGACUCUUGCUACUGUAAAAAUUUAGGAUCAAUUGAAUGUGUUAAAUUACACAUUAGAGAAGCAAAAGAACUUUUGAAAUUGGAGAUUGGUGCAACAAUAUUUUCAAGUUGGAAAUUUGAUGAAAUGAGAGAAGAAGUUUCAAAAUCAUGGAUAUUAGAAGAGGAUAAAGAAUUUGAAUCUCUACUAGAAUUAAAUACAUCUUCAACGGUCAAAAAUUUGUGGAAGCCAUAUUGUUUUAGCAUGGAGACAAGAUCUUUACAAGAAGUUCACCGUGUCAACGAUAAGAUUAGAACUUCAAUUAAAAGAAGUUACAAUCAGAUAUAGUUGUUGGUCAAUCUAAAUAGUAAGCAAAUCUGAAUGGAUCAAUAUUGUGCAAAAAGUGUUACAUUUGAAGAACACCUACAAGCAAUGAAAGAAAGACAAGUGCAACUCAUUGAACAAUUAGCUGUAAGCUUUGUUGCUUAGAUAGUCUUUCAUCGAGCUCUUACAAAUCUUCAAAACUUCCUCUUUGCCCCAAUAUCAAUCACUUGAACAUCCAUCAUCUCCUUCACAACAAUGAAGUAAAAAAUAUUUCAUGUCAUUUAUAUUUUCAAUUUCAUUUCCUUAUUUGCAAACAAUCUUUGUCUACUUAUAUUUGUU